ACUUAUUUUUUGUUAUUGUUUGUUUUUUUGUUGACCAAGUGUGAAGACUUUUUGAAUGCAAUGGAUGACGACGCUGACAAAGCUACAACUACAUAUUACCUGGAAUACGAAGGCAAUGCUGAAGAAUGGCACUGGACAGGGAAAACGACAAAGUUACUGGUCGAGCUCUACAUGGAUCGUAGUCAUCGAUUUCGGGAUCCCAAAAGCAAAAAACGGUCAUUGUGGUCAGAAAUUGUAAAUGAAAUGGAACAAGCCGGCUACAAGGGAAUCAAUGAAGAUAUCUGUGAUCGCAAAUGGCGAAACAUGAAGAAGACAUAUCGCACAUGUCGCGAGGCAAUGCGCAACAAUGAACGCAAACGUUUAAACUGGGAAUAUUACGAUACAUUUGAGGAACUUUAUCAACAUGAGUUUAACGGCAGAGAGCAGGCACAGCCAUCGAAUCCUGCCAUUAGAUCAUCGCAAGAAGAGGAUGAUAGUAUUUUCGAGGAAGGUGAAAGGGCUGGUCACUCUGCUAGCCAGCUGUAUCUCCUAGAGCGUAGUAAAAUUGAGGCCAUCAAAGAGCUUAGUCGACGGCUAGACGAAUCCAAUGCCAUACAACGCGAACGCAACGAACUCCUGAGAGAUUUUCUUAAUCAAUUCUAAGUAUAUAUAGGAUUUUAUUUAAAUAAUUGACUGAUGUGCCAAAAAGUAUACAUUUCAAAUACUUUAA